CCCAAUUCCAAACAGCCCUCCGCCCCACCAGAACCCAAAAGCAAACUAGACCCGAAGCUCACGCAAACCAUUGAGUGCUGUGAGGACCUGUACCAUCGCUAGUAUCGCACGAGCUCAAAGUGAAGGCAAAAAGGGGGAAAAUGGUGAGAUUAACCAACUGGCUACUAAAAGAUGCAGGAACCGGACUUAGCAAAACUCUUUCGGAGAUCCUCGUAUGUCCACUCUCUAAACAAACUCUAAGGGUUUGUGAGGAAUCGACUUCUCUUAUCAGUGAUUCUGUUGGGGUCUCUUUUCCCAUAAAGGAUGGGAUCCCAUGUUUGGUGCCGACCGACGGGAAGAUGCUUGAUAAAGAUAACGCUCCUCAGGACUCAGCUGCAACAAAUAAGGAAUAGGAAAGGGAGUUGAGAUCCUUUUAUCUUGUUAUUUAUUAUUGUAAACUGCUGCUUCAUCUUACUCGAAUUGCAUUUUCGAAUGGAGAAUCGUUCUUGGGAUUUAGAAAUUAUGAUUGGUGUUC